CGAGAGAAAGUCAGCCGACUAGUUUUCAAGCACCAUUCACGGACCUCCCAAAGUAAUCAAAAUAAACCGAUGCCCAUAUACAUUUAUCUUCUAUUUGAAUUCGAUGACUGAAAAUCAAAUAUUAAAAUCGUAAUAAAAGCCCACCCCAGUCGCUUUCUCAAUGCAUUUCGGUGGUGCAUAUCAUUUUAAUACGAUGCUUUAGUUAAAUUUCACCUUCUAUUGUGAGAGGUGAAACUGCGGUGGCGAGAUCUUAGGAAAGGAGCAGUGUAGGCUCGGCUGUGGCGACGGUCGCCUCAUUCGAACAUUCCUCGCAAAAGCAACGAUAUCUGUCCUUCAUUAUAAAUUGUGAAUUUUAAAAUUCAAAUCUUAUUUAGUUCUCGAUCGGUGACAACGUCAAUAUGUCGGUCAAAGUGGUGCUUUCGGUGCUAUUCGUGAUUGUCACGACGGCAAACGCCAUGGGCCUAUUAGGGCAAUUUCUAAUCGACGUACCGGAACAACGCAAUGACGAGUCUAGUAGAAACUGUUUGUGCAAGGGACAAGCCUGCGUUUGCUGUGUUAAUUUUAAUAUGACAUUCGUUGACGUGGGUGGACCAGGUUGUGUCCACAUGAAAUAUGUUUCGCCAGAUGAAGGGUUCAUGGUUAAGAUAUCUUACGGCAAAAACCUUAUACACAGCAGUAAAAUUCAAGGGAGCAACCCAGAACCGAUUUGUCUUCAAGUAUUCGAUAAAUUAGCAGAAGUCUGCGCUAAAUUUAGUGAGCUGGCACCUACUUCUGAAGGCAUUCGAGGAUGCUUAGAGUUAGAGCCCAGGAUAUUUUUGGUUCCGCAAAUACAGUUUCCGAUUGGCUGCUUCAAAUCAACACCACAAGGAAUGGAGAUGUUGCCUCAACCUGCCGAAAUAGACACGAAUAAGGAAACCGAAGAAGAAGAUGAAGAAACUGAAACAGAAGCGGCUGAAACUGAACAAGAGAGCGUCUAUCAAAACAUCGUACAGACACUCGAAGAUGGAAUCGCUUUCUUAGACACAUUCUUGAAUCCCAACAAAGGGAACAGCACCCCUACAGCAGCAUCUUCUACAGUAAAACCGGAUAACUCCGCUGAAUCUCAAAACAGACAGUCUAAAUACUUUAAGCAUCCAAAUCAACUGUGAUAGAUUUAAAAGAACGUCGUUUUAGUACAAAAGGCAAUUCCUAUGUUCACUUGCCUAUAUUUUUUACGUUUUCACAAAAUCCUAUUUAUUGUGUAAGACUGCAUUAAUAAGAAAAUUUAUUCUAAGAAAUAAAAUAUAGCUUUAGUAACGA